AUGGAGCAGCAGUGGGCAUCGCCAUCUCUGCGCAGAGAGCUCUUGGAGGCUCUCCGAGAUACAGCACAUUUAACUUCGUUCAAGCUCUUUCUAGUGCCUUCAGCUGGAUACUUAGUACUUGGAGAUGAUGUCGAUGCAUUGAGGAGACUCAUGCAGGUGACAGUACAGUACUGGAAGGACGACGGUAUUUGUGAUACUGAGACACCAGAGGCUACUGCCAUCUUAGUAUUUAGUGAGACAGAGGUAGAAAGGCUUGUGAGGGCAGUGUUUUUCUCGCUGAAGCGAGGGCUUGACCUCUUUGAGGAAAGGAGCGACGGGCGCUUUGUACGAACACGCUCAGGAUCUCCGGGGAAUCUUUACGCCUUCUAUGAACUAUGCCCUUCUUUGGCAUCUAAUGACACCUCUGUCUUCGCAUUCAUUUAUGUUGAUCACUUCAGUGAUGCUCCCAGCAGUGCCAUAAGCGGCUCACGGUCGAGUGUGGCUUCUACAGAAGUCGUUAAUGUGUAUAUUGUAUACACUGACUGUCAAACAACCAUAGGAGGCUGUAUUCUCACUGACACGCCUCAACUGUCCAAUCUUUCAGCGCAGAUCUGCCAGCUAAGUGUCAGGGAGGCAGCUAUUGUUGAAAAUAAGACACUAGAAGGCAUCUUAGUGGAACAAGGUUUGGUAUAUGCGGUUGCAACCGAAACAUUCAAGCGAUCUCUAGGCUUUGACUAUGAUGCAGCCCAUGUUCGCAUAAGGCGGCUACUUCUUAUGGAAGCGUAUGAGGUUUAUGCUUCUCUUCUGGCACAGUCACGCGGUGCCGGCCUUGUCACGAGGAUCCCCUUUUUAAAUGCAAAGCAUGCUCCAGUUCAAGGAAACCAAGUUCUUGUGGCGUGCCUUAUUUCUCUUUUGGAGCACGUUAAUUUAGAAAGUCUCUCUGAGCAAUCUCAACACUCCCAAGAUUCUGUUGAUGCAUCCUCUUCUGUCGGUACUUUCCUUUUUGAGGUGCCCAUCUUUUCAUCGACCAUGCUCUACACAAUGGCAGAUAUGAACUCUCUUAAAAUAGUAGACUAUCAAUCCACUACGCGCAAGACACUCUACAAUCUUUUAAACAAAACAGUCACGCAACACGGAGCCCUGCAGCUACUCAGAUGGCUGCGCGCCCCCACUACUGAUCUUGCUGUCAUUUCAUAUAGGCACGAUAUUGUUCAGUAUCUUUCAGGAGAGCAUCUGAGCGGACCGCUUCAUGCAUCUGUCCGGCGGACACUUCGAUCAUGCCCCUCAUUUUCAAGAACCGCCUUCCUUCUACGUGCUUAUGCAAGAGCACAUCAGUCUUCUACCAUUUUCUCGCAACUUCUUGAUGUCUACGUAUUCAUGCGUGACACUUACGGGCUCAUCAUCGAUAUCUUCUGCGACUCCAGCGAUGCUAACUCCAACUCAACAGAGACGUCUGUGGUUGCAUUAGCCACAAAGCUUCAAGAGCUCCAAAUAGAGAUACUAGAUUUUUCCCAGCUCAUUGAGAAGACAUUCGAUCUCGAGUCUCCGUAUCUCUCAAAGAAUGUAGACACCCUCUUUGCAGAUCCUGAAGAGAUAUAUCUUUGCCCUGGGUACAGCGAAGAACUAGACGCCUUGCGGAGAGAUCUAGAUACUAACAAUGCAUCUAUACAAAGAGACUACCUAGAUAUUGCAGAGAGCGUUAAGGGGUGUAGGUUGAUUUUCAUUCCGUCUCAAGGAUACGUUAUUAGGGCACCAAAGAGCUCGUAUGCGCGCAUCUCAAGUUGUUCCAACGUCAUAGUGCUAGAGAACAAGGCUAACUAUGUUAAGUUUACUACAGAGGGGCUCAAGAACUACUCUCUCCAAAGAAUGGAUGCAUAUAAUGCAUACUUCUUGCUACAGAAGGAGAUGGAACCGGAAAUUGUCCAAAAGUUCGCUCCAUUUAGUCAAGUGUUAGAUAGAAUUGGAGUGUUGUUGGCUGAAAUAGAUUGCCUAGCAUCUUUUUCAUAUGUUUCUGCAGGUACUCUUGGAGAGACAGAUAAUACAAUGGUGUGGAAGUGGGCUCGACCAAAGAUAUCUGAGGCUGGCUCGUUGCGCUUAAUUGAAUGCAAAAACCCUGUCUUGAUGAGCACAAUUGGAACACAGUCCACGGUGAGUAACACCAUUGACUUCAGCUCACGAAUACUACUCCUCACUGGUCCCAAUGCCGGAGGGAAGACAACGCUGCUUCGCUCUAUCGGAUAUUGUAUUGUACUAGCACAGAUUGGCUGCUUUGUCCCUUGUGAGGCCGCAUACAUUCCUAUCCAGAAGCGUCUCUCUAUUAGACUGGGUACUGGAGACUGUUUGAGUAAGGGGUACUCCACUUUUAUGUACGAAAUGGUAAGCAUGAGUCACAUCCUGUCCUCUUUGAACGAUGCAUCGCUGGUCCUAAUAGAUGAGCUGGGAAGGGGCACUUCUACCGCAGAGGGCUUCGGAAUAUCUAGAGGCAUAGUGGAGACCCUUGUACAGCAGCCGAACUGUUUGGCCCUUCUUUCCACACACAUAGUUGAGCUACCAGCCAGUUUUGCAGGGGUCAGUGCUGUAAAACCUGUGCACAUGCUGUCUAAAAUGGUCAAUAAUCAGCUGAGGCUGCUUUAUCGCAUGAAUGACGGCAUCAUAGAGUCCACCUAUGGCCUUGAUGUCGCUAGCAGCAUGGGAAUUCCCCAAAACAUCUUGGAUGAUGCUCGGACCAUCAUCAAUCUUACUCCAAAGCAUACAUUCAGAGAUUGCGCUGUUGACAAGGAUUACAUGGGUGUUCUUAUGGAGUUGACAGGAAGCCUAGUUGGCUAUCAAAAGGGAGUCUUGACUAGAGAGCAGCUAAGAAUGGCUCACAAUCGCGCUUUGAAAGAGCUUCGUAUCGCUGGUGAAGCAACCUGA